CCUUGAGUUCGAGCCCGGUGGCCGGCAUAUAAGCCCUACGCAGACUGCAGGACCGUCAAACCACCUCCGCCGCCGCUCACCUCAGCUCACCGCCGCACGCUCACAGUCACCAUGAAGCUGACAUUGGUCCUGCUCGGCCUGGUCGGCCUGCUCACCUACGCCGAGGCCAUCAUCGUGCUGGGUACGGCGGUCGGCUCCACCGUGGCCGUCGGCACCGCCCUCAACGCCGCCGCGCUGGCCGGCGUUGGCGGCCUGGCGCUCGGCGCUGGUCUCGUCGGCUUCGCCGCGCUGGCCGGCCGCCGCGGCAAGCGCUCCGUUCAGGACAGCGCCAAGGAGGAGACCAUCUUCAACCUGGUCUCCUCCUCGGACAGCUACGGCUGCGCUCUCAAGCUGGUCUGUCUGCUGGAGGCCAAGCCGGAGGAGCAGCUGACGGCUGACGACCAGUUCAUCCUCACCAUUUUCGGCCGGGAGCCGGAGGCCCCGACUGUGGAGGCGCUGAAGAGCGCGCGCGGCGCGUACGACUACGCUGCCUUCAUGGGGUCCAAGUUCGGCGCUGACGCCUGCCAGAAGCUCUUCCACACCUGCUCGUUCGAGUACGAGGACAUGAUCGCCUACGUGGCCCAGCUGCGGGCAUGAGCGGUCGCCUAGCCGGCUAUUCCCUAAGCCGUUGGCCGUGUACCUCUCUGGGAGCGCCAUCUCCGUUUCCCGCUUGCCAAGUUGGUGGCAGCGCCGGCUGGCCUGGGUCAACAUGCGUCUGAUGAGCGCUGGAAACAUGUUAGCAGCAGCAUGUUUCUCACCCGCUCCUCGUUCACGGCACGCUGCAAUAUUAUUUAUUACGUUGAUGGUUUGAAGGAAAAUAAAAUGCGUCGUUUUC